AUGUCAACAUUCACAAACUCCUCACAACUGCAUGCUACCAAUGCUGUUAAUAGUCUUCUUUCAAGUUUAUUGCCUGGUGCUAGGAAGAUAAAUGCUAAAGGUAAAGUUAGAGCACAUAAAGGAUCUAAAGCACAGUUGAUUGAUUAUAACUUGAAGAAAAGAGUGGAGAUACAGGAAAGGAACUUGAUGAAAAUAAAGAAAAACGAGAAAAAGAUUCAAAAGAGAAAGAUUCAAUCGAAGAAGAAUGAAUUAAAAACUUUGGCACAAUCAGCAAAACUUCAGAACCUGGAGAAACAUAAACUUAAUGGUACAUUAACUAAGAAGGAAAAAAAAUACUUGAAUGCAUUAAUCGAGCAAAACACCUCAAUAGCUAAAUCUUGGGAACUGGACCAAGAUAACAAAGAUGAUUUAUUAGAAGUACAAAAUUUUAUAUUGAAAAAUAGCAGCUCUCAUAAAAACAGAGUAAGGAGUAACAAGAGAAGAAGCAAGCUUAAAGAGUUUAAAACAGAGCUUAAGGAUUCUUCUGUUAUUUCAGAUCAUAGAUACGCUGGAUUAACCCCCGGUCUAGCACCUGUGGGAUUAAGUGAUGAAGAAGAAUCUUCAAGUGAAGAAGAAGACGAUUACUAA